CUUUUGUGCCCGCAACUCACUUUCGCCGAGGCACACGCCGUUGAGAGAGCAGUGACCUCACCCGGACCCCAAAUCCCCUUCCACCCCCUUGCAGCUACGCGAGAACUACCUUACCCGAUAGCGUCGCGCCCGCCCAUAUAACCGAAUCGAAACAUCUCCCACCGUCAGCGCGCACUCCCUCCUCACCCACGAGAACCACACACGACUUCGACUACCCCUUACUCCCUCCCCUUCCGCCCUCCCACACCCCCGCAACCAUGUCGGACCGAUCGAGCGAGCAGUCGAAAGCGCAGGAGGUGGUGGAGCAGCAGAGCGAUAAUUUCGCCCAUGCCUUUGCCGGCGCUGGAGGUGGGCUGUUGUCAAUGGCUUUGACAUACCCCUUGAUUACGCUGUCGACGCGCGCGCAGGUGGAGAAGAAGAAGGCGCAGACGGGCACGUUUGCCGCGGCGAAACGCAUCGUCGACCGCGAGGGCAUUGUCGGCCUGUAUGCCGGGAUGGAGAGUGCGCUCUUUGGCAUGUUUGUCACGAACUUUGUCUACUACUACUGGUACGAAUUCAGCCGCGCCUUCUUCCAGCGCUCCUCCAAAAAGUCCCAGCUCAGCACGCUGGAAUCCAUGGCCGCCGGCGCGCUCGCCGGCUCCGCCACCGUCCUCCUCACCAACCCCAUCUGGGUCGUCAACACGCGCAUGACCGCGCGCAAAGAAGACAGCAGCGAAGACGACGACAACACCCUUCCCACCUCCGAGGGCGAAAAGCGCACCAAAGCCAGCAAGCCGAGCACCAUCGGCACGCUGAUGAAAAUCAUCAAAGACGACGGGCCCAUGCGCCUCUUCGCCGGCGUCCUGCCCGCUCUCGUCCUCGUGCUGAAUCCCAUUCUGCAGUAUACCGUUUACGAGCGGCUGAAGCAGCUUGUGGAGAAGAGGAAGAAGGUCGGCGCGGUGGAUAGCUUUGUUAUGGGGGCGCUGGGCAAGCUGGUGGCGACGAGUAUCACCUACCCGUAUAUUACUGUCAAGUCGCGGGCGCAUGUUGCCACGGGCAAGGAUAAGUCGGAGGGGAUGGUGAACAGCUUGCGGAGGAUUGUGAGGGAGGAUGGAAUUAGUGGGCUGUACGGAGGCAUCGGCCCCAAGGUCACGCAAUCCGCCAUCACCGCCGCUUUCCUCUUCGCCUUCAAGGACAUGCUCUACGAAAUGUCGGUCAAGGCGAGGAAGAAGGUCGUGCAGAAGGUGUAGAGGCGGGCGGAGUCACCCCAAUAGGGAAGCAGGAGCCGAGUCCCAAUACAUUGGCUUUGAGGGAUGUGGAGGAAUGGCAGAGGUGGAUGCGGAAGGCAGAUUGUAUGGUUGUGUGGAGCGCUGCAAGGUGUAUUUAUGCUGGUCGCUACUUGCUGAUCUUCGACAAGGAUGUAUGGACGGCGUCUCGAGCAGAUGAGCUUUGUGGAUGGAGGUGCCGUUCCUCACUUUCAAUUUACGAGCCAGCCGUCACAAUGAAAGGACAGCCUGAGAGGUAGGAAUCAAUUGUAUUAUACAAGUCAUGAGUGAUGCCGUACAAGCUCUAUCCAAUAACUCCGACGGCCU